UUUAGCCAAGCCAAUGCACCAACUUCCCCCUUGUUUUUCCUACUAAGCUUUGAGAGUUUACAAGCCUAAAGUUUGCAUCGGGCACCGUGAAAGUCAGGACCAUGGACACUGAGAACAUCUAUAUGAACAUUCAUACGAGAAAACCACCCCUAAAGUCACUGGAUGUAAAUCCAAAGGCAGAGACACAGCCAGCCUACAAGAAUCUCAGGAUCCUUUACGCUGUCCUCAUCUUCUUUGCUCUGAUGCUGGUGGCUUCCUUGACAGCUACGAUUAUUCUGUACUCAUGGGAAAACACAUGCCUACGGCUACAUGGGAAACCAGUGCCUUGCGACUGCAUUGAUAACUCCACCCUAGUGGCUAUGGAAACGGAAAAGAGCUAUUUGGAGAAACUCAACACUUCCUAUCAGGCACUUCAACAUAAAUACCGGACUGUCCUCACACUUGUGUCUGAAGGCUGGAAGCUGCAUGACGGGAAUAUCUACUAUUUUUCUAACGAAAAAAAGCCCUGGGCAGAGGCUCAGAAGUCCUGUGUGUCUAAGAACUCCAACCUGACCUCAGUGACCUCAGAGAAAGAACAGGCAUUUCUUUACCAGACAAGUACAGAGACAAGUUGGAUCGGCCUGACUGACAAGGGCAGUGAGGGUAUCUGGCAUUGGGUAGAUGGGAACCCUUAUAAUCAAUCUAAGAAUGAAGGGUUCUGGAGGGCCAAUCAGCCGGACAACUGGGAUCAAGGAAAUGGAUCAACAGAAGAUUGUGUCCAUAUGAUACCUGGAAACCUGAAGUCCUGGAAUGACGCGAACUGUAACUUAAGCCAAAAAUGGAUCUGCAAGAUUUCUCUGUAGAGCUGCUGGCUGGCUGGGGUCACCCCCUCUUCUGUAGGCAAAACUCAACCCUUGGCAGAAGGAUGGGCAGGUCAACCAAUGUGUCUCCUCUGUCUCCUUCCUCCACCCUUCUCCCCUUCGUCUGUGCUCCCUUCUUCUACCCUAGCACCAGGCAGAAUAGAAAGCAUUCACAGCGAGUCAGGGAGGACCCACCUGCUUUAUUCACUCAACAAAUAUUAUGGGAUCUUUGAUGGGAAAAGUACUUUCACCGAUCUUUGCAUCUUAAAAGAGGAACCCGAGUGGACAGUGGCCAACCCAAAGGAAAAGCAUGUAAUGAGGGGCGAGAUCUAACUAGACUUGACUUCAGAAUGCCUGAAUUCAUCCCAGCUCUGCUACAUACUCUCUGUGUGACCCUGGGUAAGUCAAUUCAUCUCUCUCCUUUUUCUCAUCUGUAAAAUGAGAAGGCUGAAAUAGACCAUCUCUCGGGCCCUUUCUCAUGUGAACCCUGUAAUUCCGUGCCACUCUUACGGCGGCAUUCUAGGCUCUUCAACAGGUGGAUGGGAUGAUCUUUUUUAUGGGGGAAUCUGACCAAAGUCUCUCAGGCAUUAGAAAAGAAAUCGACCCAUUCCCCAUCACCUCUAGCACAAAAUACAGACUCCUCGGCCUGGCAUUUGAUGCUUUCCAGUCUUAUUUCUCCUGUUCCCAUA